GUUUGGCUGUGCGGGCGGCGGUUGAGGCUUCCGGACGGACGCGGUGCCGACCAUGGCCCAACAGGGCGCGGCGCUGCAGAACUACAACAACGAGUUGGUCAAGUGUGAGCGUCGGGCGCUGAAGGCCGCGGGCCGGGGGCCGGCCGACCCACUCGGGAGGCUGCGUGGACAUGCCGCUCUGCAGCCUGCCCCCCUGUCGUGCCGGUCGGGGUCCGAAGCUCACGAGUCCCCACCUACAGCUCUGUCUUCCCACCCACCCUUAGGCAUCGAGGAGUUGUGUCAGAAGCGAGAGGAGCUGUGCCGGCAGAUCCAGCAAGAGGAGGACGAAAAGCAGCGGCUACAGAAUGAGGUGAGGCAGCUCACGGAAAAGUUGGCCCGCGUCAACGAGAACCUGGCGCGCAAGAUCGCCUCUCGCAACGAGUUUGACCGGACCAUCGCAGAGACGGAGGCCGCCUACCUCAAGAUCCUGGAGAGCUCUCAGACUCUGCUUAGUGUACUCAAAAGAGAAGCUGGGAACCUGACUAAAGCCACAGCUUCAGACCAGAAGAGUAGUGGAGGCAAGGACAGCUGACGAGUGCCUGUCUCAGCCGUGGCCUAUGGCUGCUUAGUACUCAACAUGUCUGUCCUAAAGCAUCUUUGUUCUUCGUGGCCUCAGAUGUCUUUUAUCUCUGGUGCCCAGAGGGGCAAUUUCUGACCUCCACCUGCCUAGACAAGAAAAGCCCUAGGACAGUUCAAUGGAAAAAGUGUUCCCAGCUCUGUACUCACAUGUGCUGUGGGGACCCUGAGCAGCUCCAUGAGGGGCCUCUCUCUGAAGCUCCUGUAUCUCUUUGGGCUACCAGGAAUGUCCUGGUCCUAGUCUGAGUACUGUGGGAGCCCCUCAUUUUGUCUCCCCAGCCACUAGGGCCCCAGGCCAGGCAUGUUGAAGAAAGAAUCUUGACUCCAGAACCAAAACCUUAGGGCCCAUCCCCAUGGCCUCUGGUAUUUCAAUAAAGGUUGUUUUGCAAGA